GUUAUAAUCGGUGCUAACCGAAGGCCGAUCUGACGAAUAAAGAAUCUGCCUUUCCGUCCGUUUUCUUCCAGCUUUCUCAAGAAAAUUCGCGUCAAUUUUCCCGGAAAAUCUCACUGCGUCCCGGGAAAAAUCCGCCCCCCUCGUUGUCGUGCACUUGUACGCGUUUCAUCUCACUGGAACGCCUUGGCAUUCCGUGGAAUUGGUGUUGUAAUUUAUUGUUCCCUGCUUUCGGCGAUCCGUUCGUAGAUUAUCGGUGGGGUUUCCCGGCGGCCGAUCAUGAUUUCGCUGCAGAACGAUCUUCGGCAGCACCACUUGCAGCAGCAACAGCCGGCGCAGCAGCAGCUCCUGCUGGCUCAGGUUCCGAGGGUUUCAUACAAUGGGGAGCAGCGGGACGAUUCCUUUCUUCUGCAUUCGCAGUCUUCCGUGCCUCCCGCAAAUCUCAAGCUCCCGCAGGCGGCAGAAUCCAACGAAGUUGAUGAAGACACAAUCUUGGGCCUUGCUCAUCAGAAUUACAAAGCUGGGAACUACAAUCAAGCAUUAGAACAUAGCAUUGCUGUUUAUGAUAGGAGCCCGCAACGAACUGAUAACCUUCUUUUACUAGGUGCAGUGUAUUAUCAGUUGCAUGAUUUUGAUAUGUGCAUUGCUAAGAAUGAAGAAGCUCUUCAAAUUGACCCACAUUUUGCCGAGUGCUACGGUAAUAUGGCAAAUGCUUGGAAGGAAAAAGGAAACAUUGAUUUGGCAAUCCGCUAUUAUUUGAUUGCUAUUGAGCUUCGUCCCAAUUUUGCAGAUGCUUGGUCCAAUUUAGCCAGUGCAUACAUGCGGAAAGGAAGGCUUAAUGAGGCAGCCCAAUGUUGUCGCCAGGCUCUUGCAUUAAACCCUCGUUUGGUUGAUGCACACAGUAACCUUGGGAAUCUGAUGAAAGCUCAAGGAUUAGUGCAAGAGGCAUAUAAUUGUUACAUUGAGGCUCUUCGCAUCCAACCGAAUUUUGCCAUAGCAUGGUCCAACCUUGCUGGCCUUUUCAUGGAGGCAGGUGAUUUUAACAGGGCCGUUCAAUAUUACAAGGAAGCAGUUAAACUUAAACCAACAUUUGCAGAUGCCUACCUGAACCUGGGAAGUGUCUACAAGGCUUUGGGAAUGCCUCAAGAGGCUAUCACUUGUUAUCAACAUGCUCUUCGAGCUCGUCCGGACUAUGCUAUGGCCUUUGGUAAUUUGGGUAGUAUAUAUUAUGAGCAAGGCAAACUGGAUAUGGCAAUAAUCCAUUACAAGCGAGCCAUUGCUUGUGACACUGGCUUCUUGGAGGCGUACAAUAAUUUGGGUAAUGCACUGAAAGAUUCUGGUAGAGUUGAGGAAGCCAUUCACUGCUACCGUCAAUGUCUUGCUUUGCAAGCCAACCAUCCUCAAGCUCUUGCUAACCUUGGAAAUAUAUACAUGGAAUGGAACAUGAUGAGUGUUGCUGCACAAUGUUAUAGGGCAACAUUAUCUGUAACAACAGGGCUCUCUUCUCCUUUCAAUAACUUGGCAAUAAUUUACAAACAACAGGGGAACUGUGCCGAUGCAAUAUCUUGCUAUAGUGAAGUUCUUCGAAUUGACCCUUUGGCAGCUGAUGCCCUUGUCAACCGAGGAAACACAUAUAAGGAGAUUGGUAGAGUGAGUGAAGCCGUUCAAGACUAUUUACGGGCUAUUACAGUUCGGCCAACCAUGGCUGAAGCUCAUGCAAAUCUUGCUUCAGCUUACAAGGAUAGUGGGCGUGUUGAACCAGCUAUAAAGAGUUAUAAGCAAGCAUUGAUUCUUCGACCAGAUUUUCCAGAAGCAACUUGUAAUCUACUACACACCAUGCAGUGUGUGUGUGACUGGGAUGAUCGUCAUAAGAUGUUUGUUGAAGUUGAAGGGAUAAUACGAAGGCAGAUUAAGAUGUCAGUUAUUCCAAGUGUGCAGCCAUUCCAUGCUAUUGCCUAUCCCCUUGAUCCAAUGCUUGCCCUGGAAAUCAGUCGCAAAUAUGCUGCACAUUGCACAGUGAUUGCUGCCCGUUACUCGCUUCCUCCCUUCAACCAUCCUACUCCCUUACCCAUAAAGGGUGGUGGUAGGAAUGACCGUUUAAGGGUUGGAUAUGUCAGCAGUGACUUUGGGAACCAUCCAUUAUCGCAUCUUAUGGGCUCAGUAUUUGGCAUGCAUGACAGAGAAAACAUUGAGGUGUUCUGCUAUGCUUUAAGUCCGAAUGAUGGCUCUGAAUGGAGGGUGCGCAUCCAGAUGGAAGCUGAGCAUUUUAUAGAUGUUUCUUCCAUGUCUUCUGAUAUGAUUGCUAGAAUGAUUAAUGAUGAUCAGAUCCAAAUCCUUGUCAACCUUAAUGGUUACACCAAGGGAGCUAGAAAUGAAAUAUUUGCCAUGCAGCCUGCUCCCAUCCAGGUCUCAUACAUGGGAUUUCCAGGAACAACAGGGGCAUCUUACAUACAUUAUUUGGUCACUGACGAGUUUGUUUCCCCUACACGUUUCUCUCAUAUAUAUUCUGAGAAGCUUGUCCAUCUACCUCAUUGCUACUUUGUAAAUGAUUAUAAGCAGAAAAACUGUGAUGUAUUGGACCCAAAAUGCCAACCCAAGCGUUCAGAUUAUGGAUUGCCUGACGGCAAGUUUAUAUUUGCUUGUUUCAAUCAGCUGUACAAGAUGGACCCUGAAAUUUUCACGACAUGGUGCAAUAUUCUUAAGCGUGUCCGCAAUAGUGCACUUUGGCUUCUUAGAUUUCCUGCCGCAGGCGAGAUGAGACUUCGAGCGUAUGCUGCCGCACAGGGUGUGCAACCUGAUCGAAUUAUUUUCACGGAUGUUGCCAUGAAAAAUGAGCAUAUCAGAAGAAGUUCUUUGGCAGAUCUGUUCCUCGACACGCCACUAUGCAAUGCCCACACAACUGGAACAGAUGUCCUGUGGGCUGGUCUCCCAAUGGUGACUCUUCCCCUUGAGAAAAUGGCAACUAGAGUUGCUGGUUCACUUUGUCUAGCCACUGGUGUUGGGGAGGAAAUGAUUGUCAACAGUAUGAAGGAGUAUGAAGAGAAGGCAGUAUCAUUGGCACUAAAUCCCCAAAAGCUCCAGGAUCUGACUGAGAGGCUAAAAGCUGCUCGUUGGACUUGCCCUCUUUUUGACACAGCACGUUGGGUGAGGAACCUUGAGCGAGCAUAUUUCAGGAUGUGGAAGCUUUACUGCUCUGGCCAGCAUCCUCAGCCCUUCAAGGUGACCGAGAACGAUUCAGAAUUCCCAUAUGACAGAUAAGAGACGAGAAGAGAUGGCGGUUGUAGGUAAAGCAAAGAGAAUGUAAAGCUGUUACUUUUAGAGUGGUUGGUAUACUAGUCAAUUUACUUCCAUAUGGCACAACCUUAAUAUCUAAUGAUGAAAAUCUGAAAAGAGUAGAAGUCCUAGGUGUGGCUUGUCGAUCCGAAGAUUUAUCACUGUUUGGUUCAACUAAAUUGACUCACUCAUUCACAGGUAACACAGAAUGAGAUAUAUUUUCCUCAA